GUUCGCUGCGGGCCACAGGCAGCGCUGCUCUCGGGUGGCGCAGGAAGCGCAGGGGACGCGGUGAGGGAGACUCCGUCGCUGCGCUCGCGCACCCCGCGGAGGCAGUAAUGAGUGGACAAACCCUGGUGAUUCCCAUUGUGCUCUGGGGCAGACAGGCACCUACGCACUGCAUCUCUACCCUUCUGCUUACUGAAGACCACAAGACAUUGGUCACAGGUUGCUAUGAUGGUCAGGUCUGCCUCUGGGAUGUUACCCCAGACCUACAGAUCAGUCCACGAGCCUUGCUGUUUGGUCAUUCUUCAGCCAUCACUUGUCUCAGCAGGGCGAGUGAUGGGCCUGAAGAGGUCUACAUCGUCAGUGCAUCUGAAAACGGAGAAAUGUGUCUAAGUGAUGUAAGUGAUGGACGUUGCCUUGAGUUCACGAAGCUUGCCUGCUCUCACAUAGCAGUCCACUAUUAUAAGAGCACAAGCAGACACACACAAAUAGGCAGAUUGUUGUGUUAUGGCCACUAUCCAGAAAUCCUCGUCAUGGAUGCCAGUAGUCUGAACAUACUCUUCACCCUCGUUUCCAAGAUUUCUCCAGACUGGAUCAGUGCUAUGACAAUGGCUUUCUCUUCACAAGCACAAGAGGACAAAGUGAUCGCUGUGUCCGUUUCCGGAAAUCUUAAAGUCUGGAAUCUGAAAAACAUUUCUAAUAAGUUGCAGAUAGGAGAGAUAUUGCACGAGGAAGAAUCAAAGCCAAUUCACUGCACCGACUGCCAAGACAUCUGUUUCUGCCCCUUCACAUGCCGAUCGUUGUUGCUGGUCUCCACAUCAUGUUGGAUGGUGUUUGACGCAGGUGAUUUCUCAGUCCUUUGCUCGGUGUGCUCCGAAAAAGGAGAGCGGUGGUCAGGAGGAAAGUUUUUAACUGCAGAUAGUGUAAUCAUCUGGACAGAGGAAGGAGCAGCAUCUGUCUACCGCCUGCCACCCAGUUGCCUUCCGGAUAGUAAACACUUCCGCAGUGACGUUGGGAAGGUCAUCGACAGUUCACCCCCCAAGCGGCUUUAUCGUUUUACCUGCCCUCCGGAUGAACAGCCAUUAAUCUGCCUGCCAGUCGUGAAGUAUUUCCAUGGAAAGCCGUCGUCGUCGUCGUCACGGCUACUUGUGCAAGGCGACUCUAUGGGCCAGUUGACAGUUUGGCGCAUACCGGCAGAACAAACGCAACAUCAAAGUGAUUUGGACAUGACCAGACGGGUGAGUUUGAAGUCUCACUUUGAGGUGGCCGUGCCUCGUCCAGCAGGUGUCAUAGAUCAGUUGAGUGUGGUUCCAGGAUGCAGCAAACCUCUGCUGGUGAUGUCCAGCAUUUACAUUCCUGCCAGUGGACAGCUCGUGUGUGGCCGUGAAGACGGGAGUAUUAUCAUUGUACCUGCAACGCAGACUGCAGCGGUACAGCUGCUGCACGGCGAACAUGCAUCACGCAGAGGCUGGCCACCCCACCGUACACUCCGUGGACACGAAGGCAAAGUGAGCAGCCUGCUCUACCCAUAUCAGCUGUCCCCUCGCUACGACCAACGUUGGCUGCUCUCUGGGGGUGUGGACUUCUCUGUGAUCCUUUGGGAUAUCAUCUCUGGAGAAAUGUUGCACACCUUCUGCAUCCACGGUGGCGAGAUCCUACAGCUGCUCGUUCCACCAGAAGGAUGCAGUACGCGUGUGCAGCACUGCGUGUGUUCAGUGGCAAGUGACCACUCGGUGGCCUUGUUGAGCCUCAAGGAAAGACGCUGCAUCAUGUUGGCGUCACGCCACCUCUUCCCUGUGCAUACCGUCAAGUGGCGUCCCCUUGACGACUACCUGGUGGUCGGCUGCUCAGAUGGGUCCGUCUAUGUGUGGCAAAUGGAGAAUGGAGCAUUGGAUCGGUGUGUAAUGGGCAUCAGUGCAGUGCAGAUAUUGCAAGGCUGUGAUGAAGCUGUUCCAGCAGCCUUGGAGAGUGCGAGCCACCCAGCAGUAAACCUGAAGCAAGCCAUGGCGCGACGCAGCUUGGCCGCUCUCAAACACGCAGCUCACCACAAGCUUCACAGCCUGGCCACCAACCUGCUUGCAUCCGAUGUCAAUGACAAGGAUGCGCUCCCGAAACACUCCAACACGGCACUGCUAGUUCAGGCCCUUCGCAUGAGUUUGGGAGAUCCGGACAUCCACGUGCUAUUUUUUGACGUGGAGGCUUUGGUUGUACAGUUGCUGACAGAAGAGGCAUCACGCCCAGUACCUGCGCUUAUUUCUCCAGACACCCUACGUAGGCCGUCCAGUUUCUUGGACCGUGGAGGUUUGGCAACAUCCUCUUUUCUUGCUGGGAAGAAGGCCGGCGACAUAUUUCAGCAGGUCAAAGAUACUAUCAAGGAAAAUAUCAAAGAGCAUCUGUUGGAUGAUGAUGACGAUGAGGACGAGCAAGACCAAAGUCACGAUGGAAAUGUGGAACGUCGGUCUCACCACUCCAAGCCUCUCACUCUACAAGGCGCAAAUCUGACCAUGGAAACAGCGAAGCUGUUCAUGUCCUGUCUGCACACUUGGGGACUCGAUCAAGCACUUGAUGAGAUCUGUCUCUCCAGGCUUGGCUUGCUGAAACCUCACUGCCCUGUCUCAUUUGGACUGGUUUCACGUGGUGGGCACAUGUCUCUCAUGCUACCUGGAUGGAGGCGUCACCAUGCUUCAAACAUUGAGCAGGAGAAGACUUUGAAUAGCACCCUUGGUGUUUCAAAAGCUGUAACCACACAGCAUCUGCUCUCCAUCAUCUCACUGUCCAACACCCUCAUGAGCAUGACCAAUGCCACAUUCAAAGACAGUACCAGCAAGAAGCUGCUUCACAAGCCUCACAGACAGGGAAGCCAUGAUGGGGUGAAGACCAAGGAUGACAGUCCUGCUAUCAACCCAGUCAUCCAAGGACAAAUUAAACAAGCUGAUCUUUCUGAGGCUUCAAACUGUGGCUUGGCAGUGCAUAGCUCCGUGCCAGUCAAAGAAGGGUGGAGUCAACUGGCAGCCCUGCACUGUGUAAUGUUGCCAGAACUACUGGGGCCUGGGAGUUUCAGGCCACCGAUGCUUGAAAUGCUGGUGAAUAGGUGGCAAGAUCGUUGUUUGGAGGUUCGCGAGGCAGCCCAGGCACUUUUAUUGGCAGAGCUUCGUCGUAUUGGCCACGAAGGGAGGAAGGAGGCAAUCGACACGUGGGCGCCACACCUUCCGCAGUAUGCCGAGAACCUUCACUCGCCAGGACAAACGGGAGAAGUUGCCCCAAGUGCAUUGAAUAGUCCUGAGCCUCUAGGAAUGGAUCUCAAGGGGAUCGAGGAAGAGCCCGACCUCGGUGAUGAAGAAGUAUCUGCAGGUUUCCCUUCAAAUGCAAGUUCUCAAUUGCGAAAAGCACCAGCAUCAUACGAGGAGCGGAGAAAACAGGCAACUGCAAUUGUAUUGCUGGGUGUAAUUGGAGCAGAAUUUGGAGCUGAAAUCGAGCCUGCCAAGCUUCAACCAGGCAAAGAUUCACGGCCAAGGUCCAGCAGCCAAGUUCCUGAAGGCUUUGGGCCUACCACGUCAGGAACAAACAACUCCCUCGCUCGUCAUACAUGUAAGGCGUUGACUCAUCUACUGAAGCCAGCGAACAUGAAGCUGUCUGCACACACGCCUAUCAGACGUGCAGCUAUCGACCUGAUCGGCCGUGGCUUUACUGUGUGGGAGCCAUACAUGGAUGUGUCAGCUGUUCUUCUAGGUCUGCUGGAACUUAGUGCAGAUAGUGACAAGCAUCUUGGCAACGCAAUGAGUGGAUUUCCACUGACAGCAGCUGCAGACACUUGCAGAUCAGCACGGCAUGCCCUGUCCCUCAUCGCCACAGCACGGCCUCCAGCCUUUAUCACCACCAUUGCCAGGGAGGUGCACAAGCAUACAGCAUUAGCAGCCAACUCGCAAGCCCAGCCACCCGUCCAUAGUGGAUUAUCUCGAGCAAAAAGUGAGAUCCUCAGAGUCAUGGAGAUCCUCGUAGAAAAGAUGCCAAAUGACGUGGCUGAUCUUCUGGUGGAGGUCAUGGACAUCAUAAUGUAUUGUUUGGAUGCGUCUACAUUAAAGAAGAAGGGCUUGCAGGAGUGUUUUCCAUCUAUUUGCAAGUUUAACAUGGUCAGCUACUGCAACACCAGCUACCGCAUGGCUGUCGGCGCACGACACGGCUCUGUGGCACUCUACGAUAUCCGCACGGGAAAGUGCCAGAUGAUUCAGGGUCACAAAGGACCAAUCACUGCGCUGGCGUUUGCUCCAGACGGCCGUUACUUGGCAACUUACUCCAGCACCGACAAUAGACUGGCCUUCUGGCAGAUGAACACCUCUCUUCUCGGCAGCUUGGGCAUGCUCAACUCGGCACCACAGCUGCGAUGUAUCAAAGCAAUGGAGGUUCCACCCUUGCAGCCAAUUUCUCCAGGACCAAUGAGUGCGCUCAAGCUGGCUCGCCUCAUAUGGACCACCAACCGCAACCUCAUACUCAUGGCCCACGAUGGAAAAGAGCACCGCUUCCAAGUGUAACCUUCACUCUCCUUACUGACUUAACAAUCUCGUGUCAGGACUGCAGUUGAUAUAGUUUAGUAGGGGUAUUGUACCCUAUGCACUGAUUCAUGUACAAUCUCAAAGCAUUACAACUUUUGUUGAGAAUGCUGCCACAACCAUUUUUGUACAUUCCAAAAUGCAGUGGCUUGUGUUCUUGUCAGAUUUUCCCCCUUUUACAGACGAGCUCUGCUUGUUAAGGCUGAUUAUGGCAUUUACACAAUGUUAAGACAACACACACUCAAGUGUAGCCACAGGAUCGGUGUGUUUGAAAAGUAUGUUUUUUGCACAAUGUUUCAUGGAAAAGGACUAAUUUCUCUAAAUAAGUUGGUUCUUUUUGUUUAAAAUUGGGUAAAAAAUGCCUUAUCUCCACAACAGAAAUUAGAGUCUGUUAAGUUUCUAGAACAUUAUCAAAAAUCCUAAUAUGCUGGUCGUCUUUGGCUGUGUCCCAUUUUUCUUUAUUCUUGGUGGUAAAACAGUGCAAGCAUUGUGAUUACAAUGUGCCUCAUGUCCCUCUUAAAUAACUAAUUGGCAUACAAUGAUCUUUUCAGAAUAGUUUUUUUUUUAUAAUUUUAAAUGACUUGUAAUUUAGUCAUUUAGUGAUACGAAUAUUAUCAGAUUAAAAAUGUUUAAUUUAAGGUAUUAUGUUAACUAAUAGUGAAUGUGCUAAGCUCUGUCAGUUGGCACACAAGUUGAUCAUUACUGUCCAAAUUUAAGUGAAUCAUUUUUGGCAGAUAAUUAUUAAUUGGAAUCGAAGCUACAUUUAUCUCGAAAUUCUACACCAAAAAUGCCCCUUCAUAAAGUAGUUUUACAUUUUUUGGUUCUUUUGGCAACAGAGUAUUAAUAUUUGGCACUGGACGAACAGAGAAAAAAAUAUUGACGUCUAAACAUGUAAUGGUACCCAAGUUUCAGCAACGGAGUGUUUGGGCCGAUGUAAUUUGGAGCUUCCCCUGCUAUUUCGCAGAAAAUGGCUGAAGCUUCGAUAUUUUUACUGCCAACUUUGCAGUUUUUGUUACGAAAACUCGACUCAAUUUCCCAUCUAGAAACACAUGAUGAAGGGGGGUUCUCCGUGUCAUGUUAAAAACAGUAGAAUAGUUACAGUUUUCAAUUGUUUGCAUGAAAAAAUACCUUUAAAAAUAAUUUAAUGUUUAUGUACCUUGCUUAGUUUGUAAAGUUUCCUGCCUUUUGGGUGCUUGUGAAGGUUUAAUAUUAACUGUCUUUCCUCGAGCAUUGCUCGUACAAAUUUUCAAAAAUAUAUUUAUUAUUUCUCUUCAUUUUCACAUUCUUUCUCAAUGUAUCACUCCUGGAAGUUAUUUUCUCUUGUUGGAUACCCAUGACAAAAGAUUUGAAUCUUAAAAAAUAUAUAUAGAAAGGUCUUCUCGAAGCUGGGGGGACUUGUUCAGUCUUCAUUAAGUUUGUUCUCCCAACCGUUUGCUGUUUGUUUUGUAAUACUGGCAAGCUUUAAAGCAGCUUUAAAUUUUUGGUGGAGGAUUUUAGUCGAGUGUGAAUGUAAACAUUCCAAUAGUUAGGAUCAUCAAUGAAUAUUUAUUUUAAAAAAUACAUUCGGCGACAGUGACCUUCAUGUGUAUCGAGCUGAAUGCAAAUUGUUGCUACCAUGUAAUUGCAUCAGCCCACUGUGUACAUUUUCUUCAAACACCCGUUUUCUGCAGUUGGAUGUGAAUAUUUUGUUGGCAAUAUGCUUUCUUUGCUGCUGCUGCUGUAAUGCUACUAAGCACACAGGCACUGGUCUGCUUACAGACUUUUGCCUACUGUAGUGUAUGUGAUUCAUAUAUACACCACAUCAUAAAAUGUCAAGAAGCUGCAUAUUGUACAGAGUACAAUAUACCGGUGUGCUUGCAUGCAUGCAUGUAAGCUGCUACAGUGAUGGAAUAUGUUUUUUGCGUACGAUUUAUGUCAGUGCUGUAGUGUCACAGUUAGGAGGUUCUGGAAGCCAAUUCAUUUUACGGUCAUGUACUUUUUGGAAGUGUGUUUGUGGGCAUAACUGCUUUAACGACAGUUGGUAAAUGUCCUUGCCAGUAUUUAUUCAUGCAAUUAUUGAGGUGUAAGGAGUUCUGUUACACUUUUUGAAGUGUAAAACAAUAAAAUUACAUGAAUUACAAU